AUGGCUUCGUAUUCGAUUCUCGUCCUCCCCGGCGAUGGCGUUGGUCCCGAAAUCAUACCCGAGGCUAUCAAAGUCCUUGAUCUCAUCUCAGCUCACUCAAACGUCAAAUUUAACUACGAAACAGCUCUGAUGGGUGGUUGCAGCAUAGAUAAACAUGGCGUAGCACUCACAGACGAGGUCCUUGAACUUGCAAAGAAAAGUGAUGCAGUGCUAUUUGGAAGUGUUGGAGGGCCGAAGUGGGGAGCAGGCAAAGUCCGCCCCGAACAAGGCGUCCUCACCCUGCGCAAAGAACUCAACGCCUUUGCUAACCUACGUCCCUGCCGCUUUGCUUCCAAAUCACUCACUGAUCUCUCCCCGCUAAAACCCUCUAUCAUUGAAGGGGCAGACUUCAUGAUUGUCCGCGAGAACUGCGGCGGUGCUUACUUUGGCACCAAGAUUGAAGAAGACAACUUUGCUUCUGAUCCUUGGCAGUAUUCAAGAGAGGAGGUAGAAAGAGUUGCGCAUGUCGCUGCUGCACUUGCAUUACAACACGACCCACCCCAGCAGGUUAUCAGCUGUGACAAGGCAAAUGUGCUUGCGAGCAGCAGGCUUUGGAGGAGGGUUAUCAAGUUGAGCCAUCAGUUGGCAGAUAGUGCGGCGAUGUUGAUGAUGAAAGAUCCGCGGAGCUUUAACGGGGUUGUGCUUGCGGACAACACGUGGGUUGCGAAUAAUUUCUGGUGGUGA